UUUCCCGCUUAUUCUCCAACUCAGCAUUCCAGCCUCUCCCAACCCAACACCAUCAAUUCAUCACUACGCUCUCUCACUCUCUCACUCUUUCAUUUCACACACUCUCGCGCUCCAGCCAUGGCCACUCGCCGCCGCGGCGGCCACGAUGCCGCCACCGUCCGUCCCCGUCCCCUCUCCGCCUCUCGCCGCUUCCCUUCUCCUUCUCUUUCUCUCCAGAAAGAAAACACCAACCCUCGCCGCUCCAAUCCCAAUCCCAACCACAAAACCCUCCCUCGCGGCCGCAGCUCCAGCCCCUCCCUCGACCGCCCCACCGCCCAUAAGCCCACCAAGCCCACCACCACCGCCCCAAAGCCCAAACCUUCCACCUCCAGGUCAAGCCUCGAACUUAACAACAAUCCCCCCAACGUAACCACCACCAACGACACCAAGUACUCCAGCAGGCUUCACGAGAAGCUCGCGUUUCUCGAAGGCAAAGUAAAGCGGAUAGCUUCCGACAUAAAGAAGACUAAAGAGAUGCUUGACAUGAACAACCCUGACGCCUCCAAGGUGAUCCUCUCCGACAUUCAGGACAAGAUCUCAGGUAUCGAGAAAGCCAUUGUUCAUGUCGUUUCUAACAAGGAAAGCGAAAAUGGUGCGGUUAAAGUUGCUGCUAAAGACAAGAACUUAGCGAAAGAGUUGAAAUUGAACACCGACGAACUCGAGGCAAGGUUGUUCCCUCACCAGAAACUGCUUCGGGACAGGACAGUGGUUAAGGAUAAGGAUAAGGACUCUGUGGUGGAGGCACAGAAGGUGCUGAGUCCGGUCGACGAUAACUUGGUUGCAGUCGAGUUUUUGGCUCUGAUCGGUAAAGAGAAAGACAAGGUGAAUGCUGGGGAGGAUGUGAAGGAAAGGGGUGGUGGGAAUGGGCGCUGGAAUGAUAAGAGGAACAAUGACAUUGACGCGCUGCUCGGGGCGGAUGAGAAGCUUGAGGAUUUCGAUGAUGAUCAGGAGAAUAAGGAGAACAAGGAAGGUGUGGUUGUUGAGGAAGAGAUGGAUGAGGCUUUUAAUUUUAGGCUGAAUGGGAUUGGUAGCAAUGUUGCUACUGGUGGGUGGUUCGUGAACGAAGGCGAGGCUGUCCUCCUUGCUCACCAUAAUGGUUCUUGUACUUAUUAUGAUAUUACCAAUAGUGAGGAAAAAGCUGUAUAUAUGCCACCCUCAGAAGUUUCACCCAACACAUGGAGAGAUUGUUGGGUAAUUCGUGCCCCUGGUUCUGAUGGUUGCUCUGGAAGGUUUGUAGUAGCUGCAUCUGCUGGCAAUACUAUGGACUCAGGAUUUUGCUCAUGGGACUUUUACACCAAAGAAGUGCGUGCUAUGCAAGUUGAUGCUGGAACAGCCUCCUCAAGAAUUGCACUUAGACCGUUACCAAACAACAUUAGAAGAAAUUCUACAUCUAGCACUGUUACAGUAGAAGCUACGCAGUGGUGGUAUAGGCCCUGUGGACCUCUCAUCGUCUCUACCACCAGCUCACAGAGAGCUGUGAAAGUUUUUGAUGUUCGCGAUGGAGAGCAAAUCAUGAAAUGGGAUGUUCAGAAGCCUGUUUUAGCAAUGGAUUAUUGCAGCCCUUUGCAAUGGAGGAACAGAGGGAAAGUAGUGGUAGCUGAAGCUGAAUCCAUUUCUUUGUGGGAUGUGAACUCACUUACAGCUCAAGCUCUGCUCUCUGUUCCUACAGGCGGUCAAAAAGUUUCGGCUCUCCAUGUGAGCAACACGGAUGCAGAAUUGGGUGGAGGGGUUCGCAAAAGAGUAAGUUCAUCUGAGGCUGAAGGAAAUGAUGGUGUGUUCUGCACCUCAGAUUCUAUCAAUGUCUUGGACUUUCGCCAGCCAUCUGGUGUAGGCCUUAAGAUAUCAAAGCAUGGUGUCAAUGUGCAAUCAGUUUUCUCUCGCGGGGAUUCUGUCUUCCUUGGUUGUUCCAGCACAAGUUCAAUGGGCAAGAAGCAGACCUCACUGCUGCAACAGUUUUCGCUGCGCAGACAAGGACUGUUCACCACCUAUGCUCUUCCAGAAUCGAAUUCACACUCACACCAUGCAGCAAUCUCCCAAGUUUGGGGUAAUUCUGACUUUGUCAUGGGUGUUUGUGGCCUAGGACUGUUUGUGUUUGAUGCAGUGAAAGAUGAUGCACUAAGGGUUCUCAACAUGGACUACUCCAGUGAUCAAAGUUUUAGAGAAGUAAUUGGUCCAGAUGACAUGUAUUGUCCUUCCUUUGAUUAUCUUGGAUCUCGAGCUCUUCUGAUAUCAAGAGAUCGACCUGCUAUGUGGAGGCAUCUAAUAGUUUGAUAGUUAUGGUUUUCUAGUAACUACAAGCUUUACUUGUGUACAAUUACAAAACAGGAAUUUGCUUAAAGCUUAAGGCUGUGUUGCUGCUUUUGUUUUUUCUUGGUAUCCUUUUUAAGGACUGAAGUUAUACUUUAGAGGAAAUUAUGUUAGAUGUGGAUGCUUGGUUGUUAGUAUUUUAUGCAAGAGCCUUGUAUUUUUCCA